CGUCACCGGCGCGUGCCCCGUAGCCCGUAGUAACCCCGAGUCUGCGGAAGUGGAGACCCUUGGGCAGGCAGCUGAGACAGGGGACUGAAGGCUGUGGAACCAUAAAUUAUGAAUCGGUGUUUUGUGUGGUUUUUUUGGACAGACAGCCGUUUACAAUUCCGAAUGAGUAAGGCAGAUAGGAAGCCCCUUCUGAGAGUUUAACAAAGCUCUCAACAACCCACACCAUGGACAUAAAGCUGGACCCUUCUCGAGAUGACCUGCCUCUCAUGGCCAACACCAGCCACAUACUUGUGAAGCACUAUGUACUGGAUUUAGAUGUGGAUUUUGAAAGUCAAAUCAUCGAUGGCACCUUAGUGCUUUUCUUGGAGUCUGGAAACAGAUCCAGGAAGAAGAGUGGUUCCACCGAGGAAGCCUGCCGAUCAGAGUCAAACGAAGCCUGCGAAUUUAGGAAGCCGGAACCCUGCCACGUUCCUGUGGCAGAUACAAGGACCUCCUUGUCUCAAAUGGGAUACAGUGAUUUUGCAAUUUGUGGUAAAGGUGAAAGAGAUACUUCUGGUAAAGAUGGUAACCAUGACAACCAGGAACAGACUUAUGGGAUUUCUAGCUCGAAGCACUGCUGUGACACAGGGAAUCAUGGGAGUGAGGAUUUUUUGCUGGUGUUGGACUGCUGUGAUUUAUCUGUGUUAAGGGUUGAGGAGGUGGAUGUUGCUGCUGUGCCAGGUAUUGAAAAAUUUACAAGGUCUCCCAAGCUCACGGUUGUUUCUGAGCUCAGGAAUCAGAUUGUACGUGAACUUGUGGCUCUGCCUGCAGAUCAUUGGAGGGAGCAGUUAGACUAUUAUGCUCGGUGCAGCCUGGCUCCUGGCUGUGGGGAACUCCUGUUUGACACUGACACGUGGAGCUUGCAGAUCAGGAAGACAGGGGCUCAGACAGCUACGGCUUUUCCUCAUGCCAUAAGGAUACGGUACAGAACCAAACCCCAGGGGCGAUCAGUCACAUGGACCUCAGACCAGAGUGGCAGGCCGUGUGUUUACACUAUGGGAUCUCCCAUAAACAACAGGGCCCUUUUCCCAUGCCAGGAGCCCCCCGUUGCCAUGUCAACAUGGCAGGCCACAGUCCGAGCAGCUGCAUCUUUUGUUGUUUUAAUGAGUGGGGAAAAUUCUGCCAAGCCAACACAGCUUCGGGAAGGGUGCUCAAGCUGGCAUUACUACGUAACCAUGCCAAUGCCAGCCUCCACCUUCACAAUUGCGGUGGGACCCUGGACAGAAGUGAAGCCAGAGACCUGCUCGCCAAGUGACCUGGCAGCGGAGAGGUCCCUCUCGCUGUCCGAGGCUGACUUUAGGUGUGCUGGCAUCUGUGGCCACAUGGAAUACCCCUGCCGCUUCCAGAAUCCGUCUGCCACAACCCAGGAGAUCAUUCCUCAUCGGGUGUUCGCCCCCGAGAGCCUCGCAGGUGCCUGCCAGGAGACCCUUCUGCAGCUGCUCUCUCCUUGCCUCUCAGCAGCGCACGCUGUGCUGGGGACACACCCAUUCUCCAGGCUGGAUGUGCUCAUCGUUCCUGCCAACUUUCCAAGCCUGGGGAUGGCCAGCCCACACAUCGUCUUCCUCUCUCAGAGCACCCUGGCCGGAGGGAGCCACCUCUGUGGGACCCGGCUCUGCCAUGAAAUUGCUCACGCCUGGUUUGGCCUGGCCAUCGGGGCCCGCGACUGGACGGAGGAGUGGCUGAGUGAAGGGUUUGCCACUCACUUGGAAGAUGUAUUCUGGGCCAAAGCACAGCAGCUGGCCCCCCACGAGGCCCAGGAGCAGCAGGAGCUGCGGGCAAGCCUGCGCUGGCGGCGCCUUCAGGAUGAGUCGCGGAACUCGCCCGAGCAGCUGCAGGUGCUGAGACCCAAUAAAGAGAAAACUGGCCAUGUGAGUGACUCAGGAUCGUCUGUCAUUAAGCAUGGGCUCAAUCCAGAGAAGGUCUUCAUGCAGGUUCAUUAUUUAAAGCCGAACAGCAGAAUGACCAUCCGGACAACCAUCCGGGACCACCCUGUGACACCCACUGGCGCCAAGCCAGCCAAGGGUUAUUUCCUUCUCCGGUUCCUUGCCAGAAGACUUGGAGAUGACACCUAUUUUUCCUUUUUAAGAAAAUUUGUGCACACAUUUCAUGGGCAGCUGAUUCUUUCCCAGGAUUUCCUUCAAAUGCUGUUGGAGAACAUCCCAGAAGAAAAAAGGCUGGGUUUGUCUGUGGAAAGCAUCUUCCGAGACUGGCUGGAGUGCCCGGGACUUCCCCAGCCUCUGCAGACGGAGCGCCAGGCCGGGGCGGAGUGCGGGCUCGCGCGGCAAGUGGGCGCAGAGGUCGCGAAAUGGAAGCGAGUGAACCGGAGACCCCGAAAACGGAAGCGAAGAGGGACCGAAGAAGCGUUUGAAAAGCUCCCUCCAGCUGCUGACCUUACUGCCGGAUGGGCGGACCCUGGGACCACGAAGCUGCCCUGGACAUUGGUGCCACGGUGGACUUUAGCCAAGGCCUGGAGGCUGAUGAAGCUCCUUCCAGACCAGCUGGUCUUGCUUCUGGAGCGUCUGUUGGAGCAGAAGACCCUGAACCCCAGAACUCUGCGAAGCCUCGAAAGGACAUACCGCCUCUCCCAGCAGGAUGCAGAGGUUCGCCAUCGGUGGUGUGAACUCGUCGUCAAGCACAAAUACACAACCGCGUACAAAACCGUGGAGAGGUUCCUCCAGGAGGACCAGGCCAUGGGCAUCUACCUCUACGGGGAGCUGAUGGUGAGCGAGGACGCCAGGCAGCAGCAGCUCGCCCGCCAAUGCUUCCAGCUGACCAAGGAGCAGAUGGACAGAUGCUCAGCCCAGGUGGUGGCCGAGAUGCUGUUUUAAAGAGGGAUUACCACGCAACCACGACCUUGGCUGCUCUCCAGAGCCAGAGCCGCUCGCUCUCUGCAGUGGGAGAACGAUGCACGUGGUAGCUCUUCUCCGGAAACAGAAGAAGCCAGCAGCCACGAAGACGCUCCCGCCCCCGUUGUGCCCAGCGGAGACCUCUCUGCCGAGGUGCAGAGCUUAGCUGAUUGGUGAACAGUGACUGGUUUCCGCUUUGUUCACAGUGGCUAAGUUCUGCACCUGAAGAGAAGGUGAGAUGGGACAGUAAGGUGGAGCCGCUGGGGCAGAGGCUGCUGCUGAGCGGUCCGCUCGGGUGCGAGCCCGAUUCUGGAGGAGGAGAGACCCGCUCAGCCCGACGAUGCACUUUCUCUUGUCACCAGUGCAAGGAAUGUACUGAGAGGCUACAGAACCAUAACUAACUAGGUAGCUCUCUGAAAGGUCAAACGUGUUUUUCGCUACAAACGUUGUUCUUACAAAACACUAAAACCCAGUGCAUCACAGGAGCCGAGGAGAACUGUCACACGGGGAUUGCAUGUGCGUGGGGCUGGGUGCGUGUGGGGCCCCUUGCUCCUCGGGGCACCGUGACUCUCUCUUGUGUUUGCAGCCCGGGUCUCUGUCUCCUGCAGCCCAGGACGCCGGCAGCUCCAGCCGAGGCACUGCUUCUACGGCUGUCGAUUGGACCCGCCCUCCGGUGCCUACUGAGCUGAUAUCAGUUCUCAUUUACACACUGGCUCAGUUCAGCAGGAACAGGAGUCGAGCCCUCGAGCAGAAAGCCUUCCUGUUCCUAGUGCCCAGAGGCUGCAACUCCACUCGGCGAAGAGGCCGGCGCGCUGGCCGCCAGACCGUGCAGCGGGCACCGUCUGUAUGUCCUGUGGUGCGGCUGUGGGCAGAAUCGUACAGCCCCGGGCGAGUGCGGGGUGACGCCGGCAGCGCCACUCCGGCCGUGGGGUGUGGAGGCUGGAAGCAGUUGGCGUGUGUGUGGCUCUGACAUGGGCUCUCGUAUCAGCGCGGCUUUCACAGCCGCGUGUGAGCUGCAAACCCGUUCUCGGGGCUGAGAGACGUGGGGUCCCCUCCUGCCCUGCCCUCGGCCGUCUCCUGAGCGGGAGGCACACGGAGGUCCCGGUUGACGGAUUCCUCUGAGCGGGAGUGAUUUUAUUGCUGUUUCUUUGCAGGAAAGAUCACAGUGAGAUUCUUUCUCAUAAGCUCCUAGUAGCCCUGGUGGGACCAGGAUGGCGCUGACCCGGACAUCAGAGGAAGGCGACAGGGCUGCUGGGCCCUCAGCGACAUCGGCGUCCGCGUCUGGAGCUGCUUUCCCGCAGCUGCUCGCAGCAGAGCACACGUGAAAGGCCCAUCCUCAGAAAGGGUCACCUCGUCCCCACCGAACGCGCCGCCUCCACACACUGACUGCGCGUGGGGUCAGCGUGUACGCAGCCCGCCACUGCACCGCUGGAGAGCCUGAGGCCGCGGAGGGUCCCUCAGCAUGCGGCCGGAGAGUCAGGCUUCUGUGCGGAGCCAGUGAGCUCCACUCCACGGGCUUCUCUGGCUCAUUUCAGAAAGUUCUGCAGAAUUUUGGUCGAUAGUUCUGUUAUUUAGAUGUUUGCCAAAAUUGUAGUGCCUUUUGGUAAAAGUACGGGAUAAGAACCUAAGAUGUAUUUAAUAAUAAAAUGUAAUGGAUUAAUGUUUUUGUA